AUGUCGAGUGAUACAUCUCAACUACAGGACGCUCCCCGGGCACCAGUUCUUAAGCGCAAAGGCUUCCAAUUCUGCGACGGAGUGUUUAGUAUCAAUGGCGUCUGUCGUGUUGAUGGUCCGCGUCUUUACCAGCUGUUCAAUCCGUCAACCCUCGAAGAUGAAUACGAUCAAGACAAAGCCUUUGUAGAGGCUCGGCAACUUUUCAAGAAGUCGUUUUUCGCUGCUCAGUUGAAAUAUUACGGCAUUCCUUUCCAAUCAUCCCUUCCAAGUGCGAGGCUCUCAGCCUUGCUCAAGGGUGCAGUUCAACUUGGCAAAUGUAAUCGCGUGCCUGAGGCUGUCAUAGAACUGGAGGCUACACUGCGAGCCGAGUAUGCGCCACUGCAGCGGAAAUGGCGAGCCGAUUGCGCUGCAUGGAGCACGGAGAAGAAACAGAGGGAAGACGAUGCCUUUGAGAAGUGCAAGACGCCUGGUGAAAGGGCGGCCUGCGAUAUCAAUCGCUUCAUGGAAAUGUACUUUCUGACGAAUGGCAAGCCGGACAAGGUCAAGACCACGACGUUUCUGAUGCUGGGGGAUUUCAGCGACGACGACACCUUGCGACAAAAGGCGCGUAAAAUUCCUGGUCUUGAAGUCUUGACUGGGUCUCCUGCGCUGGGUGGCGAGCUGUGGAUCGGGUGGGAGGGUGCCGAGUGGCUUGAGUGGGAGGGAGCAUCGGAUUCUGCCGGUCAUAUUUCCGCUCUCGAACGCGAGGAGUUUGAACGAGAAGAGGAAUGGGAGCAACUGCUGGAAACCUACCAGAAAUCCGCAUCAUCAAAGAAGAAGGACGACACAAAGGAGAAACAACCCGACUCAUCCAAUUCGGACCCGCGCCUAGGAUCCUACGUGAUCCAAUGCCCCAGCAUCAUGGAGACCUGGUCUGAUUUUCCCGACGGACCGAGGUUCACUAUGGACGUAUUCAGAGGCAAGGGAGAUACACUUAUUGCGGCCUACUAUUUCGGUGUCAUAGAGGGAACCAUGAUCAUCUGCGAGUCCGGCGAUACGCUUUCUGCCAUGAUCGAUGAAGUCGAGACAGACUCCGAGACCUCUGAAAGCGAGGAAGUCGGCGGUUGGGAAGAGGUUGAAGGCGACGAAGUCGAGGAACCCAAAGGCCCUUCAGUACAACAGUCCACUGGAGGAAAGAAGCGCAAAGCAGGUAAAGUUUCAUCGACGAAAGCUAUAGCACUCGACAACGCUGCAAAAAGACGCAAGACAACAGCUUCCAAGCCAUCCUUCCCUUGUAACCAUGAAAUCCGUCUUCGCGGUCGCGACACCGGCACCUACGAAAUCCUCCCCGAUCCUGAACCAGGACACCUCGACAUUCUUGGCGACGACUGCGCGAAGAUCGAGGGAGUGAUAUACAAGCAUACGCUUGUUGGCAACGACGUCAGAUUCGAGGGCCGCAAGGUAUCGGACACACCGCAGAGAGAGCCCGAGCCCUGGAAGGAGCUUGGAUAUAAAGCCCACAGGCGUGAAGAGGUUGCGAGAUGGUAG